GAAGUUAAGAGCAUUAUAGUCUUGUGUGACUAUUAUAAUUUCACAAGCUGACAAAGUUGAGCCAUAAAUUUAAUAACGAGUUAAUAAUGGUGUGGAUAUCAUUUAUAUCACGAAUUCCCCAACUAACUCUUUCUAGUUUCCAUGAACACCCAUAACUAUUAUCAUCAUCAUGCCAGUAACCAUAGAAAAAAAAGAAAAAGAAAGAUAAGGCCUUGAAAUUCUAAAAUAAUAUCGUAUUGUUCUCUUAAACUUGGUUUUUAGCCAUGGCUAAUAAUAAUUACAGUACAAAUGAUGCAGCUAUGAGGACAUGUCUGGUAUGGUUGGCAGCAGUUAUGGUGGUGAUAGAGAUAUGGACACAAUCAUUGAAGAAAGUAAUGGUUACUUAUGUAAUUGGUGUUGUUGGGAUUGCUGGUGUUCUUUUGCCUGACUGGGAUUAUUUUGAUAGAGAUUACUCUAGGUGGUGCUCUCCUAUUACUGAAGAAGAGAAGGCUGCUCUUGCUCUAAGAUCUGGCUUCAGGAAUAGGAUCUCUACUCUGAGACUGGUCGCUUACAGUGCAGUGUAUGGAUAUGCUUUGUACAAGUGGUGGAUAUAUAUCUCACAUUGAAUAUAUUGAAUCAAAUUUCACAAUGUAUGUUUUGGGUUGGGCAGUACAAAUCUCCAUUUAAAUACCAUGUAUGUCUAUAAUUGUUAAGAGUAUUGAGAUGUUCCCAAUGUUAUUUCCCAUUCUUCCAAGAACUGGAAAUAUAAAAAGGUCAGACUGUCUGAUGCUA